AUGGGUGAUAAUUUACUACAAGAUGUCCCAGCCAACAUUCUAACCUCCUCUCCAAAAAUCGAGAGCGUAAACUUGGAACGAAACUCAAUUAAGUCGAUAGACCCUCAAGCGUUUGGCGGUGCCCAGCGACUGAAGCUUUUGAAUCUGCAAGGAAACCAGAUUUCCAAACUCCCAGUGAAGGGCUUUAAAGACCUCCUAAAUCUUCGUUUUCUCAUGCUGGGCCACAACCAGAUAGCUAGCCUAAAACCUAAUAUGUUUAUCGGCAUGAGGAAUCUCUCAGAUCUUGAUCUUCCCCUGAACUCUCUUACUGCUCUCCCACCGAAUGCAUUCAAGCCUCUGAACGCCUUAAAGGUUCUGGACUUAGCGCUGAAUCGUAUUCAGAGGAUCUCGCCAAAAUCCUUCGUUGGACUUGAAGAGCUGAUUUUUCUCAAUUUGGACAAUAACAAAUUGAAGAACAUCCAGGCUGGGACCUUUGGACCUCUGACUGGACUUGAGAUGCUGGUGCUGGACAACAAUCUGCUUUCCACGCUUGCUACAUCUACACUGGAUGGUCUUUCCAACCUGCGGGAGCUCUAUGUAAGAAAGAAUGAGAUCGAGAGUCUGCCAGCUGAUGUCUUUCGUCACACGCCUAAACUUACUCAUGUGGGAUUGAGCGGGAAUCGGCUUCAUAGUAUUGAUGGCAACAUGCUAGCUAACAUGCAAGGAUUGAAGGAGGUGUAUCUGUUCGAUAACCCAUGGAAAUGUGACUGCAAUAUAAACUCCCUGGUCCAUUACAUAUCCCAGACGACGGCUAACCAUUCUCCUCUGCGAAGACUUCUGUGUGUUAGUCCAGAAGAGGUUCGCGACAGGCCAAUCCAUCAGCUAAAACCUGACGAACUACCCUGCAAGGCCUAG